AUGACGAAUUCCAAGGGUUAUCGUCGUAGCACUAGGGAUCUAUUUUCCCGGAAGUUCCGCACACAUGGAGCUAUCCCGCUUUCCACGUACAUGAAAGUGUACAAAGUCGGCGACAUCGUUGACGUCAGGGGAAAUGGUGCAGUUCAGAAAGGUAUGCCACACAAAGUUUACCAUGGUAAAACUGGUAGAGUGUUCAAUGUUACAGCCCAUGCCCUCGGUGUGAUUGUAAACAAGAGGGUGCGUGGUAGAAUCAUCCCCAAGAGGAUCAACAUCAGAAUUGAACAUGUAAAGCACUCUAAGUGCCGUGAAGACUUCCUUAAACGUGUCAAGGAAAAUGAGAGGCUUUUGAUGGAAGCUAAAGCCGCUGGCAAGAAAGUCAACCUUAAGAGGCAACCCAAGCAGCCCAGGCCUUCACACAUUGUUAAUGGAAGUGAAAAACCAGUGUUACUUGCUCCUAUUCCCUAUGAGUUUGUAGCCUAA